AGUGGGGACUGUUGUGUUGUGAAAAUGGCGACGCCUCGUCGCUCUUCUCAGCAGCAGCAGCCAAACUCCCUGCUGUCCUCCCCGCCCCGCGGCUCCUCUCUCGCCGUCACCCCGCCUGGCUCUCCACCGGCACCCACCGACGAUGCCUCCCCGCUUUCCCGCGGAGCCGCAAUGGAUAACACGGCUGACGGUGAGGCAACCCCUGCCUCUCCCACCAGCACCUCCCCAGCUCUGGCCCUCACUGCCAGCAGCAGCAGCACUAGCAGCAGCGCUAGCUCCCCGACCACCACCGAGGGUAGCGGGACCAGCCCCGGAUCUACGCCCGACUCGGGCAGCGGUGACGCGGGCAGCAGCAGUGGCAGCAGCGGCGGCGGUGGCGGUGUAAACGGGGCGUUCAGGGAGCUGUUUGAAGCCUGUCGAAACGGGGAUGUCUCUAGGGUGAAGAAACUCGUGGAUGCGGUGAACGUAAACGCCAAAGACAUGGCAGGACGCAAAUCGACACCCCUGCAUUUCGCUGCAGGUUUUGGGCGGAAAGAUGUGGUGGACCACCUGCUUCAGACAGGGGCGAAUGUGCACGCAAGGGAUGAUGGGGGUCUGAUCCCGCUUCACAACGCCUGCUCAUUUGGUCACUCUGAGGUGGUGUCCUUGCUGCUGUGUCAGGGGGCCGACCCUAACGCUCGAGACAACUGGAACUACACACCACUCCAUGAAGCUGCCAUCAAGGGCAAGAUAGAUGUGUGUAUAGUGUUACUGCAGCAUGGAGCCGACCCCAACAUCCGCAACACCGACGGCAAGUCCGCCCUGGACCUGGCUGAACCCUCCGCCAAGGCCGUGCUCACAGGUGAAUACAAGAAGGAUGAGCUGCUGGAGGCGGCGAGGAGUGGAAACGAGGAGAAGCUAAUGGCCUUGCUCACUCCGCUCAACGUCAACUGCCAUGCGAGCGACGGCCGCAAGUCCACUCCACUUCACCUGGCUGCAGGAUACAACAGGGUGAGGAUAGUUCAGCUGUUACUACAACAUGGAGCAGAUGUUCACGCCAAGGACAAGGGUGGUCUGGUGCCUCUACAUAACGCCUGCUCUUAUGGACACUAUGAAGUUACAGAGCUGCUGCUAAAGCAUGGAGCGUGUGUGAAUGCCAUGGAUCUGUGGCAGUUCACCCCACUCCAUGAAGCAGCAUCCAAAAACAGAGUGGAGGUCUGCUCCCUGCUGCUGAGCCACGGAGCCGACCCGACCCUGCUCAACUGCCACAGCAAGAGCUCCGUGGACAUGGCGCCCACUCCCGAGCUGAAGGAGAGACUCACAUAUGAGUUCAAGGGCCACUCACUGCUCCAAGCUGCUCGCGAAGCUGACAUGGCCAAGGCUAAGAAGACCCUGGCGCUGGAGAUCAUCAACUUCAAACAUCCUCACACACAUGAGACUGCACUGCAUUGUGCAGUAGCAUCGCCGCACCCCAAGAGGAAACAGGUGACGGAGCUGCUGUUGAGGAAAGGCGCCAACGUAAAUGAGAAGAAUAAAGACUUCAUGACUCCUCUCCAUGUGGCAGCAGAGCGUGCUCAUAAUGACAUCAUGGAGGUGUUACAGAAACAUGGUGCCAAGGUGAACGCCCUGGACACGCUGGGUCAGACGGCGUUGCACCGCGCAGCGAUGGCAGGCCACCUACAGACCUGCAGGCUGUUGCUAGGAUACGGAGCAGACGCCUCGCUGGUGUCUCUGCAGGGCUUCACUGCUGCUCAAAUGGGAAAUGAAGCUGUUCAGCAAAUACUCAAUGAGAAUAUCCCGGUGAGAAACUCAGAUGUGGACUACAGACUUCUGGAAGCUGCUAAAGCCGGAGACCUGGACACUGUCAAGUCGUUGUGUACGGCUCAGAAUGUGAAUUGCAGAGAUCUGGAAGGAAGACACUCCACCCCGCUUCACUUUGCUGCCGGCUACAACAGAGUGUCAGUGGUGGAGUACCUGUUGCACCACGGGGCCGACGUGCAUGCCAAGGACAAAGGUGGUCUGGUUCCCCUCCAUAACGCCUGCUCGUAUGGUCACUACGAGGUGGCCGAGCUGCUAGUCAGACACGGAGCCUCAGUCAACGUGGCCGACUUGUGGAAGUUUACACCGCUUCAUGAAGCUGCUGCCAAGGGCAAAUACGAGAUCUGCAAGUUGCUGCUCAAGCACGGAGCAGACCCCACCAAGAAGAACCGAGACGGGAACACACCUCUCGACCUAGUGAAGGACGGGGACACUGACAUCCAAGACCUGCUGAGGGGAGAUGCUGCGCUGCUGGAUGCCGCUAAGAAAGGCUGCCUGGCCCGUGUGCAGAAGUUAUGUAGCCCCGACAACAUUAACUGUCGAGAUACACAGGGACGCAACUCGACACCUCUGCACCUUGCAGCCGGCUAUAACAACUUGGAGGUAGCUGAGUAUCUGUUGGAGCAUGGAGCCGAUGUGAAUGCGCAGGAUAAAGGAGGGCUGAUACCUUUACACAAUGCUGCUUCUUAUGGGCACGUGGACAUAGCCGCCCUGCUGAUCAAGUACAACACGUGUGUCAACGCCACAGACAAGUGGGCGUUCACUCCCCUCCACGAGGCGGCCCAGAAGGGACGGACUCAGCUCUGUGCGCUGCUAUUGGCCCAUGGAGCCGAUCCCACCAUGAAGAACCAGGAGGGACAGACGCCGCUGGACUUGGCAACGGCUGAUGACAUCAGAGCAUUGUUGAUUGACGCCAUGCCACCAGAUGCCCUGCCAAGCUGUUUAAAACCCCAGGCCACUGUGGUGAGUGCAAGUGUGGUGAGUACAGGUGCGUCGGGGGGUGUGGUCAUCUCUCCCUCUCCAUCCCCGUCCUGUCUGUCUGCAGCCAGUAGCAUAGACAACCUGACCACACCCCUUAGUGACAUCACUGUGGGUGGAGCCACUGGACCAGCAGAUGGAGCUUCUGGGUCUGACAGGAAGGAAGGAGAAAGUACAUACACUCUGCUCGACAUGACCAUCAACCAGUUCUUGAAGAGUCUAGGUCUGGAACACCUCCGAGACAUCUUUCAGCGGGAACAGAUUUCGCUGGAUGUGCUAGCAGACAUGGGUCAUGAGGAGCUGAAAGAGAUCGGCAUCAAUGCUUACGGUCACAGGCACAAACUUAUCAAGGGCAUCGAGAGGCUGCUGGGAGGCCAGCAAGGUGCAAACCCAUACCUGACGUUCCACUGCUCCAGCCAGGGCACCGUGCUCAUCGACUUGGCACCGGACGACAAGGAGUUCCAGUCUGUUGAAGAGGAACUGCAGAGCACGAUCAGAGAACACCGAGAUGGAGGCAAUGCGGGUGGAGUCUUCAGCCGGUACAACAUCAUUAAGAUUCAAAAGGUGGUGAAUAAGAAGCUACGGGAGAGAUACGCACACAGACAAAAGGAAAUAGCCGACGAAAAUCACAACCAUCACAAUGAGCGAAUGCUCUUUCAUGGUUCUCCCUUCAUCAACGCUAUCAUCCACAAGGGCUUUGAUGAGCGACAUGCUUACAUUGGUGGCAUGUUUGGUGCUGGCAUCUAUUUUGCUGAGAAUUCCUCCAAAAGCAACCAGUAUGUGUAUGGGAUUGGUGGAGGGACAGGAUGUCCCACCCACAAAGACCGCUCCUGCUACGUGUGCCACAGGCAGAUGCUGUUCUGCAGAGUGACGUUGGGUAAGUCGUUUCUUCAGUUUAGUGCGAUGAAAAUGGCCCAUGCGCCGCCUGGACACCACUCAGUCAUAGGACGACCCAGCGUCAACGGGCUGGCGUAUGCAGAGUACGUCAUCUACAGAGGGGAGCAGGCUUACCCAGAGUACUUGAUCACCUACCAGAUAGUGAAGCCGGAGAGUCUGGCCACUCCUGCUGCUCCCUCCGAGCAGAAGUCCUAAAAUGCAGUCACAGCUGGAUCUGAGGAAGACCAGACUGAAAAGGACUAAAGUCACUCUCCAAGAGGACUGGAACUGAACUUGGGUGUUUUCAAACCUCAGACCCAAAAUUAAAGUCUCCAGAGUUGAACUUUAGGUGGAUGAGGAGUGUCGACUGUGCAGUAGUCAGACGACCCUCAGAAACAGACAUGGAUGUGUCUAAAAACAAGAAGAAAAAGUGGAUGAGUUUCAGGGUGUGAGACAUGCUCAGCCCAAAGCAGCAGACAGAAAAAUCCAUCAGCUUCUUUAAUUAAUUGGGUCUAAUUCUGCAGGAGAAAAUGCAAAGGGUUUGUUCAACAUUUCUGGAAGUGUACCAGUAAGCUAUUUUUUUAAAUUUGCAGGCCUCUGGCUUCAUCCUGAAAACAAUUAAGGAAGCAAUUACAACAGGACACGGUCCAAAGCAAAACAAACAUCCCUGAUUUUGCACCUUUGCGCGCUGCUCAUGUAAUCUAUCUCCAGUUCUUAAUGUGUUGUUUUGAUUCUGUGUCCUCUUUCGGCUUUGUGCAUCAUCCACAGCAACAAAAAAACACCCUGAGGCCACUUCCAGAAACAACGAUUGCUGUGCUGAGAGAACAGAUAUCCAGUACAUUUUAUGUUACAGCCUGCCACAUUUUCACCAAUGAGGCUCAUAUAAACAGGACACACAUCUCUCUGUGUUCUCUCACAGCUUUUCUGCUGUAAACAAAGGAGAAAUUAUGAAACAAGUUUGUGCAGGGAGACGCAAAGAGAUUACAGCAGACAAAUACCCAGAAGUCAAUAAGCAGAAAACAAACAGGAGACCACAAUCCACUGCUGCAAACAUUGCCCGCUGCACACUUUCCACUGCGCUCCAUACUGGGACCAUCAUCAAUAUUCACUAAGCCAGUCAGACCAAACCAGUUCAUGUCAAACGCCAGCAAAUUCUCAAAUACAUAAAUCACCAUUUUAACAAAAAAGGCUCUCUGGUUUAUUUUGGCAGAAAGUCCAAAAUUUAAGCAAAGCUGUUGUGACAAGCAAGCAGCAACCUAAAAUACCGCUUAGUCAGGCUAACUUACCUAAACAUACUGCAGAUGUUUUUAAAGUUGCCAAGAAGACAUUCUCAAGUACAAUUAAAAACUGACUUUUUGUUACUAAAGAGAAUUUAGUUUUCCAAAUUAUUGGCAUACUGUGUUUUGUUGUCAGUAUUUAGUGGUCGUUCAAAGACCUUCCACAGUCAGACAUGGUGGUUGCUGCUUGUUUCAUCCCAUCUCAGAUAAAACUGUACAAAACUUAAAUACCAGAACCAGAAGAACCACACCAGACUGACCAGAGACCAGACUGUCACACACACUUCCUCUUCUUAACUCAAAGCUGCUCUUGGCAACUCAAACUACUACAAAUUACACAGUAAACUAGUGCACAGCACUGACAGUUUGAACUUGAUCUUGUCGGGUGAUGUCACAAAAUUACACACAACAAGCUUACGGGGCCUCAUUCAGUAUUUUUUCUUUUUUUUAUCCAGUUUAUACUUGAUAAAGGUCCAAAGAAAAGUCUCGUCAAAUUCAUGAUGUUUCUGAAACUGCAGAAUAGUUUGCACUUGUGUUUUUCCAAUGAUGAAUCCUAUUGGCAACUUAAAUAUAAAGCGUGUGUCAGUUGAUCUCUAAUUGCAAGGUAAACACACUGCCAAUCCACAUAAAAGGGCCAUGAGACUGCAGGGCAGUGUGCACACAGAUUUUUUUUUUUUAAAAUGACAUAAUUAUGUCAAAAAUGGCCAAACAAAAGUCUAAAGUGCAUGGGUGGAUGACUGAACAGGCCUACCAGUGUCAGGGGCCCCCAGCCUCCACCUGGAAAAUGUCACUUAAAUUAACACGUACUUUCCACAAAUAGACUCAAUAUAACCACAAAGAGACCCAAAAAACAAGAAGAAUAUCAAAACACUUGCAAAUAGUCCUACAACUUCUACGAAAAGGGGCAGAACAACCAUAAAAACAAAAAAUGACCACAAAGUGACCUAAGGCAACUACAAAGAUAUGCAAAAAACCUACAAAAACACCAAAACAAUUACAAAGAGCCUCAAAAUGAACAAAUGAUUUCUAAAUAGGGCAGAGCACUGCACUCCGAACAUAAACAAACACACAAAGACACUUGUGGAAGUACAUCUACAGGAAGUAACCGCCAAACAAAUACUGAAAAUAUUAAAUUAAUAUAUGAUAAAUAUAUUGUAAUUUAAAUCCUAUAAUAUUAUCAGAUAAUAUUAUUGCAGAAUUGAAGGAAACACAAUAACCAAUUAUUCUGCACCAACAUAUCAGCACACAAAUGUGCAACCUUCAGUGUGCAAGAAUAAUCCCAAAUAGCAAGAAGCUAUAAAAAGCACUGGUGAAUGUCAAAAUCGUCAUGAAACUGCAUAAGAGGGAUUUAAGAAAAAAAAGUCAUCAGAAAAGUUGCUGAAUGAGACCCAUUAUGUUUACUAACCUGACCAGUAUGCACUUGCUUUCUGCUAUUGUAAAAACUUUGUUCCAUCACCUCAUUUGGGGCGAAAAGUGACUUUUACCAACAAUGAAAUAAGUUAGUUGACCGGAAUAAAUGAGACGUUAUUUCAGUUUUAUUUUUAAUCAAUCCUGUUUUUGGCAAGUGCAGCUUUAACAUUUACAUUACAUAACAUGACCUCAUCUACACCUGUGUGCUACUCAUCAAUAUUUAUGUCUGGAGCACCUUUUGGUUUUGCUUUUUAAUGUCAGAAGGGCGCACAUUUUUUCCUGUUGCUGUUUACACAAACCUGCUGCCUUCUGUCUGUAUCCUCUCUACUUGUAACUGUUGAUGCCUCCUUGUGGUGCAACAGUAGAGUUGCUGGCUUGCAGUAUUCAGUUAGGAUUUAUUUCUACACAGUGCUAUUUAUUUGUGUUUUUCUGGGGCAUAUUCCAUUUUUGUUGUAUUCCUCACAUGAUCUUUUUUGUUUUUCAUUAUUUUAUGUCAUCUUUAUACUCCUGAAACAUUACAAAAACAAAUGUGAAAAGUGAGCCUUGUCAUUCUAUCUCAGCGAGCCAUUUAGCGGGCUGGUCACAACUAGAGAUCUGCAGGUUGAUGGAUGAUGAUUAUUGGAUGUGUUAUAAAAUUGCGAUCAGAUUUCUGUUUGUAUUAUCCAUUUGUAUUUACUAACAUGUUUGCUAAACUUCAUAACAGCAGAUUAGCCAACACCUCACUACACACUGUACACUUGAACUGUUUUUUUUUUUUUUUACAACACUGACCAUGUCUUUCUGUUUAUUAUUUAUGAUUUUCUUUUUUAAAUUACUGACACUGUACACUGCGUGGGACCAUACGUAUGUUUAGUUUUUCAAUGUCAGUUAUGUUGUUUCAAGUCAAGCAGUGUGGAAGUCUUUGAGAUGCCUUGAAAUUGUGUGGAAUUGAAAGGGAAAUGGCCUUAAAAAAUACUUGGCCUGCAAAAUGACCAUUGUAUAUCAAUUACUUAACAUGUGUUUUAUGUCAGUUUCAUUAAGAAAGCUUGUUUUUCUCACAACACAGUGAACAGAGAUCUAAAAAAAAAUCCAGCAUUCUUCAUUAAUUGAAGUAAUAGGGGUCCAAGCUGAAGAACCGCAAAAUUACAUACAUCAAAACAUCAAUUUACAAAUUCUACCACAACUCAUGCAAUGUAAUCCAAGCUCAUUUUUCUAGUCGUAUGCCAAGUACUUCCAAAACAGAUGCAUUUUUCUAAAACGUUACAAAUGUUAAAACACAUCCGCCUACAAGUGUGCCGCUUGAGCAGUUCACGCUACUCUGCUGUGCAUGAGACUGCUCGUACAUACCUGUGAUAAAUUGUAAUGUUUUAGCAUAAAUGCAUAUAUCCUGAAAGCACUGAGCAUACGAUUGGAUAAAUAGGACUUGGAAUAUACUGCACAAGUUGUGUGAGAGUUUGUGAAUAGAUGUAUUGAUAUAGGUCUAAUUGUUAAACUCGGACACCUUUUACUUCAAUUCAUUAAGUAAUCUGGAUUCCCCCUUCACCACUGGGGAAUCCAUAAUAAAGGGUUCUUCAUGAAAUGAAGGUAAUGCUGUGAGUAAAUGAUAUAUAAAUUGUCUGCAGUCCACUUGUUUGAUAGCACCAGUUCAUCCCAAUAAAAGUGAAAUAUAAUGAUAAUGUAAACUACUAAAAUAGCAGCACAUUUCAGAAAAUUACAAAGUUAUCCAUUGCAGGGAAAUUGAAAAGGAAAUGAAAUAAAACUUAAAAAAUAAAAUGAAUGAGUAGGCAGAGUAACAACUGAUGACUAAAGAAAAAAUGAGAACAACUAAUAAGCUUGAAAUUAGAUUAUAAUGGCAAAAAAAUUUCAAAGGGAAAAUUCAAGAGCCGCAGCACUGGGACUGAGUCAACACAGCAUAGGGCCCUAUGUAAGAGCGAGUCAGUAAAAGUAUGUAUUUUUAAAGACUGCAGUGUCAUUUCUGUCUGUAUGUCAUUUUACCUGCCUGGAAAACAUUUGUGAUACACAUGUAAUCAACAACUGUCCCAAUACCAAUUUAUAAAGCUCUGAUUAGAUUUUUAAACAGGUGAAUGGAAAACAAAGCAAGUUUAAAGUAGGUUUUGUGUGUAAGACCAGCACUAAUACUAAGGUUUCAGAUGAAGUGGCAGCAUCACUGUUAGCUCUCUCAGCAUAUACGGAGCAGGUGGAGUUUAUGUUGUUGACCUCAUUAAGGUCAGCAGCAGAACUGUAUGAUUUAUGAGCAGAGCCGUCGGCUUUGUUUUAAAUCAGACUGUAAAUAAACUAACUCCAGAUGGGCCUUUCAAUGGGUCUUUUAUGGACAAUUGUGAGUUUAUUUAGAGUUUAUUUUUCUUCCUUUGAAAGACUUUUCAAAGACUUUUUUUAUGUGAUAACUGAGUUGUGUUUGAGCUUGUCUGUCUCGACUAAUCCGUCUCAAGGGCCAGUCAGCCAUCUUGUUGUGAAUAGUUUGGAGGGGUGCGUGAGUGCAAGUAUGUGUGUGUUUAACCAAUCCAUGCCUCACCUUCUGACCUGCCUUCUACCAGAAGCCACCAGUUUAAUCAACACAUUUCCUCAUCAGUAAUGUUUGACCUCCUGUUGUACAGAUGGUUACAGACGUGUGAAACAGAUAAACUCCUCACUCUUGUACAGAAGAAAAUAAAAGAACGUAACAUGGUG